GCGUUCCUCUAUGUUGUCCAGGCUGGUCUCGAACUCGAGGUCAAGCGAUACACCCGCCUUGGUCUCCCAAAGUCUCAGGAUUGCAGGAGUGAGCCACAACGCCCGGCCAACAAUCAUGUACCCCUAAACCCAUAAUCCUGUCUAAUUAUGAGAAAAAUUCCAAUAAAGGCGCUUUCUCCAAUAUACCUAACCAGUACUCCCCAAAACAGCCCGACUAAUUUCAGAUAGAGGAACUCCUUAUCUUUUCUUCCUCCUACCCAAGACCCCAGUUUAGGAAAAAAACUCCGGUCACGUCACGAGCCAGCGACGUAGAAGGACCCGAGGACUCGCCCACAGGCCGAGUCAGGGCGGGACUUCCUGGGCGUCGCUCUCUUCCCAUUGGCUGAGAAGGGUCAUGUGGCUGAACUGUGCAGUCACCUGGCCGGAACCGGGACCCGUGGUUAUAAAGUAAAGGAAACCGAGAUCUGCGCAGGGGUUCUCUGCCGAUUCUUUUCACCUCGCAUUUCAAACCUAAACUUGAGCCUGCUGCGCACCGGCCUACCAUUGCUCUCGCCAUGGCUCUCAGCGAUGCUGACGUGCAAAAGCAGAUAAAGCAUAUGAUGGCUUUCAUUGAACAAGAAGCCAAUGAGAAAGCAGAAGAAAUAGAUGCAAAGGCAGAAGAAGAGUUCAACAUAGAGAAAGGUCGGCUUGUGCAAACCCAAAGACUAAAGAUUAUGGAAUAUUAUGAGAAGAAAGAGAAACACAUUGAGCAGCAGAAGAAAAUUCAGAUGUCCAAUUUGAUGAAUCAGGCGAGACUCAAAGUCCUCAGAGCGAGAGAUGACCUUAUCACAGACCUACUAAAUGAAGCAAAACAGAGACUCAGCAAGGUGGUAAAAGAUACAACGAGGUACCAAGUGCUGCUGGAUGGACUGGUUCUCCAGGGUUUGUACCAGUUGCUGGAGCCCCGAAUGAUUGUUCGUUGCAGGAAACAAGAUUUCCCUCUGGUAAAGGCUGCGGUGCAGAAGGCAAUCCCUAUGUACAAAAUUGCCACCAAAAACGAUGUUGAUGUCCAAAUUGACCAGGAGUCCUACCUGCCUGAAGACAUAGCUGGUGGAGUUGAGAUCUAUAAUGGGGAUCGUAAAAUAAAGGUUUCCAACACCCUGGAAAGCCGGCUGGAUCUCAUAGCCCAGCAGAUGAUGCCAGAAGUCCGGGGAGCCUUGUUUGGUGCAAAUGCCAACAGGAAGUUUUUGGACUAAGCCUUCAGGAGGUGGAGCUCGUCCUCAGCUCUUCUGCUGUGAUGUGGAAGCUUCUGAUAUUUGAAGAAACACGAAUGUCUCUGUAGCUUCCUCUUCACUGCCCCAGUAUUGCUCUGUAUUUAUCAGCGAUGCCGCUCUGUCACUCAUGCCUUGCCUAAUUGUUAACAAUGGUGGAAAGCUUCAUGUAAUAUGAUCAGGACCCCCCUCCAGUUCAUCUGAAAGUGACAGUGUCCAGCUGGUUCUGCAGCACUAGGGGAGGGGGCAGAUGGUGGUUGCAUGGGCUUCCUGGGUCUCCACUCUCCGUCUGGCCUAAAGGUGAUGUGUUUGGUGUUUGGCCCUGCAGUCCCCACUCUUGAGGCUUAAGGCGCAUGUAGCACACCACUCCUUCCAGCAGUAGUUGCUUUACUGUUACCUGUUUAGGCCUAGAAGUUUUCCCUCAUCUGUAAAUGUGAUUUAAAAUCUAAGCCAUGAAUAUGCUUUAUUUAUUAAAAGAGUUAUGCGGA